AUGCAUGAUCUUGCCUUCCUGAUUGAGAUAUUGAACAGAAUCAACAAAUCCCGUAUUUGCAAACCUUCUUCUGUUCCAAAGAGUAUCCAAGAUCGAGAUCUCUUAGUUUCCCGCCUUCUGGAAAAUUUUAUUGAGAUGCCUGUCUGUUCCUAUUGCGAGGAUUGUAGUUUCGAGUUCUGCAAGGUAUUUCCCGGAGACUCUUCUCGGUGCAUUGAAUGCAUUCGACUGGGCUGCUCCAAAUGCAAUGUUAUAAGCUCUUCCCCCGAGAAGCUUCGCAAUAUCGCUAUUCAACAUCGAAAGUUGGAGAACGAGAUUGAGAAGAGGAAAAUCGAGCUUCUCUGUCUGCGCUAA